AUGAGCCAGCCCGGUAUCUCCCUGCUUAACUGGUCGGGCGCGGUUCUGUGCAUCGCUGGUGUGAGUUAUGCUAUCUCUGCGGCGCGAUGGUACUCUCGCUCCCGCGGCCUUCCGCUUCCGCCUGGACCGAAGGGACUUCCCAUACUGGGCAACGUGUUCGAUCUCCCAAUGAGCUGGCCGUGGAUAGCCUAUCAACAGCUGGGCUUGGUGCACGGGGAUGUAAUACACUUUCGAGCGCUCGGUCAAUCUGUUAUCGUGCUCAACAGCGCAGCCGCAAUCUCAGAAUACCUCGACAAACACACUGCGAACACGGCAGACCGCGCACAGAGCCUGAUGGUCGAGCUCACGGGAAACGGCCACAACCUCGGACUGAUGCGGUACGGCCAGCGAUGGCGUGACCAUCGCCGAGUCUUCUGGCAGUAUUUCCACCGAGACGCCGCCAGGUCGUAUCAACAGACUCAACGCGCGGUCGCCCAUAUAUUCUUGGAGAAGCUGCUCGCUUCGCCGUUGCUUCUCGAGCAGCACAUUCGAUAUGCCUUCGCAGGAUCAGUCAUUCACGUCGCGUACGGCAUCGACUAUACAUCCGACGCCAGCGACAAGUACUCGGACGCAAUGCGGACUGCCAUAGUCUCGAUCGUCGACGGCCUGGUCCCCGGGAAAUUCAUGGUUCAAUACUUCCCUUUCCUUCGCCACCUGCCGUCAUGGCUUCCAGGAACAGGAUGGCAGAGGCAGCUCGCUCAGUGGCGCGAAGAAAACCACAGCGCUAUAACCAUGCCGUACGAGUAUGCACGCAACGAAAUGAACCAUCGGAAGGAUGUGAAUGAGUCCAUGGUUGGACGACACAUCAAUUCCCUCACGCGUGCGGGCGAUGUCUCCGCGCAGGACGAAGAGAUACUAAAGAAUACAAACCUUCUCUCACUGCAUGGCGGCUUUCUCGCGCUUUCGCUGUAUCCGGAGGUCGUCAAGAAAGCACAAGAAGAACUCGACGUCGUAGUAGGGCCCCACCGACUGCCCGCCUUCGACGACGAACCCUCUCUGGUGUACGUCAAGGCGGUCAUCAUGGAGAUCAUGCGUUGGCACAACGUCCUCCCACUGGGCGUGGCGCACGGAACGACGAACGACGACACCUGGCGAGGCUGGUUCAUCCCAGCCGGAACCCUCAUUCAGCCGAACGUCUGGGCAUGCAUGAACGAUCCCCAGAUGUUUCCCAACCCGCGCGAGUUCUGCCCGGAACGCUUCAUCAAGGACGGCGCUAUAGACACGCCCUCGUCGACCCCUUGGUGUUCGUCUUCGGGUACGGAAGGAGAGUUUGGCGGGGAGACACUUCGCCGCGCAGGCCUCUUCAUCAACAUCGCCUCCGUGCUCCACGUCUUCGACAUCUCCGGCCCGCUAGAUGCGAAUGGGAAGCGGUGA